AUGGUCAAGGGAUUGGAUGAUAUGGAGAACAGGAGCAAGCGGGAUAACAUCCGAAUUAUUAAUCUGAAAGAAGGCGCGGAGGGUCAGAGCCCUAUCCAGUUUUUCGAAGCCUGGCUGCCUGCUACGCUCGGCCUGGGGAACAGCUCCGCGGGUAAAGUUCGUAUCAAAGUAGGCCGCGCACACAGGGGCCUCGGCCCGCGGAGCACACGUCCCAGACCGGUCAUCAUCAAGCUCCACAACCCCCGGGACAAGCAGUGCAUCAUGGCAGCAGUGAGGGCGACUCCCGAGCUUGACUACGAGGGACAGCGGAUCUUUAUACACCAGGAUUUCUCUUAUGCAGUCCGUGAGAAGCGGAGGGGAUUUAACGCUACUUGCCGAGCUUUGAUUGACAAGGGCAUCCGCUUCAACAUGCGCUACCCAGCGACACUCACGCUGACUCAUGAAGGGACUGAACACAAGUUUGACUCGCCGAAAGAUGCACAGAAUUUCAUCAAGGCACUGGACUAA